AUGCCCUUUGGAUUGAAGAAUGCACCGUUAAUUUAUGAGAGCAUCAUCAAUAACUGUCUGUGGGGAUUCGUCUGUCUGCCUCCUGAAGAGGAAGCAUUGGUCGACCCAGAAGUUCUUAAGUUCCUGGAUCUUGAGCCGCAGGAAGACCUGAAACCUGAGGUAGAUAUGCAGGAUUCAGAGAUCACGGCAUUGGAUAUGACUGUAGUUCCGGCUCCGUCACAAAUGGGCCCGGCCUUAGGAAGAAGCUCGUACAUUGACGAUAUCGCCCAUGGGGCGUCGACCUGGGACCAACUAUGUGAAGACCUGGAUGCGUUGUUAUACAGACUACGGUACUGGAAUAUCUCUGUGAGCUUACCGAAAAGUGAAUUUGGGACGUUGACCAUCCCAUUCCUCUCUCAUGAAGUGAGCGCGGACGGAAUCAGAGCCUUGCCAAAGAUUCUCAAAGGCAUAGAGGAUUUACCUUUCCUGUCGACGUACAAGGGAAUGCAGUCCUUCUUAGGAAGUCUGAACUACUACAAUAAGUUUAUUGAAGACUUACCAGUAGUUGCCGCUGUGCUCUACGAACUAGACGAGGAACCCGCAAAGGAGUUUUUCGAGAUACUGAAACGUAAGAUCGUGUCGACCCCGUUGCUGCGACAUCCAGACAGAGCCAAGCUCUUUGUGAUAAUUCCGCAUGCUAACCCGUGGGCGGCGUGUGCAGUUCUGGGUCAGGAGCAUGAAGGACUCAUACACCCCGUGCGAUUUACGAGCAGAGUGUUGAAGGAAUCAGAGCUACGUUAUCACAUAGCUGAGAAGGAAGUGCUCGCAAUCUUGCGGACUCUAGAGAUUUUCAGACCUCUGAUCCAUGGAUCAGAAUUCCCCGUUGUGGUGUAUACGCGCUACUCUUCGGACCUGGAACUAUCAAGAUGGACACUGGAAAUCCAUCGGACUCAGAAAGACGAGGACGGCCUCGCAGCCAUCCUCGGGUUUGGUAUUACCCCCAGGAAACAUUUAGAUGAAGUUGCAGAAACGCUGAUUCCCACCAAGGGGCGUUUGAAAGUGAUGCCACCAGUGAGUCUGGAAAUGUUGGAAUCAGACUACAAAGGCUACGUUCUGAGCUUUGAUGGUGCUGCGAAGGUUGUGAAAGCUGAGGGACACGUCCUUGAAGGCGUAACGGUCAAUGAUGCCGAAUACCACGGUCUGAUUCUGGGACUGAAGCUCGCUAUGAAAUAUGAUGUCAAGGAGCUUUCAGUGAUUAAUCAACCCAACCUGCAACGACGCUUAGCUGAGUACGAGGAUCUCAGGAAGGAUUUUACGUCUGUGAAGUUGAUUCAUGUUAAACGUGAGUUUAACCAAGCGGCCGACUACCCAACCUCUAAGACUCUCGUGCUUGGAGAAUCCUGGGAGCUUGAUGACCCCGACGAGAUAGUGCACCUACGCCUCCUCUCUAGAAUUCCUGAAAAGAUCAUGAAGCCUUCGGAAAUCCCAGGUAUCCCUGUGACCGAUGCGGUUGACUCGGAUGAAGUCAAACUCGAAGUGGAUAGUCCUGAUGCUGGAAUACCAGAGUCUCUAGCUACCGCGGCUGAAGCAUUGAUGGUGAUGACGAGGUCACGUACGGAACCGGACGCAGGUUUUCGGACUCGUGUAGACCAGUCCGGAUACCAGGAUGAACGUUGGAGGAGAAUUAAGGUUCACCAAGACGAAGACUUUUGGAUUCAGCAAAUGAAGAAGUUCCUAAAAGGAGACGUGUCAGAUCUUCCACGGAACUAG